AUGACAAACUACCCGAAUCAUGGUCUGCUCCGGCAACAGUCAACAAUGUCGAGCAAACCUGUGGAGCGGAACUGGAAGAAAGCGACGCUCAGAGCAGUUCGGCUUCAAUACUGCGCGUUUGCGAAACGAGCUUGCAAAACAUAUUCGUUGCAGCGAAAUAAGGAACGACUGCAGCAAAAAUCGCCUGAUGGAAUCCUCCGAUUUCAUAAUGUGGAAUAA